GGAGAAGUAUAGAAAGGAACUAACUGCCUGUCCCAAACAGGAGUAGAGCUGGCUAGCUGAUUACGGUCCUGUGUCCGCAUAGUCCAAAGAAACUCACCCCUUUGAGACAGAUUUUUUCUACUUGCAGGGAAAGGGGCACUGGACUGAGGACAAUGGCCUGGUGGAAAGCUUGGGUUGAACAAGAAGGUGUCACUGUGAAGGGAAGCCCCCACUUUAACCCUGACCCUGAUGCAGAAACACUAUACAAGGCCAUGAAAGGAAUAGGGACCAAUGAACAGGCCAUCAUCGACGUCCUCACCAAGAGGAGCAAUGCACAGCGGCAACAGAUCGCCAAAGCGUUCAAGGCUCUGUAUGGAAAGGAUCUGACCGAGACCUUGAAAUCUGAACUGAGUGGCAAUUUCGAGAGACUCAUCAUCGCCCUCAUGUACCCCCCGUACAAAUACGAAGCCAAGGAAUUACAUGAUGCCAUGAAGGGUAUAGGAACCAAAGAGGGUGUCAUCAUUGAGAUCUUGGCAUCUCGGACCAAAGUCCAACUUAGAGAAAUCAUGAGAGCUUACGAGGAAGAAUAUGGUUCCAACCUGGAAGACGAUAUUAAAUCAGACACCAGUGGAUACCUGGAGAGAAUCCUGGUCUGCCUCCUGCAAGGCAGCAGAGAUGAUGUGAGUGGUUUUGUGGAUCCAGGAAUGGCACUCCAGGAUGCCCAGGACCUCUAUGCAGCUGGAGAAAAGAUACGAGGGACUGAUGAGAUGAAAUUUAUCACCAUCCUUUGCACCCGGAGUGCCACACACUUGAUGAGAGUGUUUGACGAGUACCAGAAAAUUGCCAACAAGAGCAUUGAAGACAGCAUUAAGAGUGAGACCCAUGGCUCCCUGGAGGAGGCGAUGCUCACUGUGGUAAAGUGCACCCGGAACAUUCACAGUUACUUUGCAGAGAGACUGUACUAUUCCAUGAAGGGAUUAGGAACUUGGGAUGGUACACUGAUCCGAAAUAUUGUUUCAAGGAGUGAAAUCGACUUAAACCUCAUCAAGAAAGAGUUUAAGAAGUUGUAUGGGAAGUCUCUUUCUAGCAUGAUCAUGGGAGACACCAGUGGAGAUUACAAGACAGCACUGCUGACUUUGGUGGGGAAUGACUCCUGAAGCUUCCAGAGAUGGAAGAGAAAUGUCAGAGAUGGGACAUUAACACAUCACAGGAAGCCAUUGUUGUCAAUACUGGGGAAUCAGAUUCAAUAAGCUUAUAGUUACAAAGUUUCUAUUUUCUAUGUUUUUGACAAAAUCUCCAACCCUUUCAGGCUACUAUUUCAGGCAGGAGGAAACAAAUAUUACCUACAUAUAGACUGUCAAUCUAUCCGCCUUCAUCCCAGCUGUAUAUCAGACUUAAUGAGGAAAUCUCAUGGGGCUGAAUCAGUAAGAACUUAGUACUAAAUACAAUCACAAUAGCAGGUGUCUUUGAUAGCCCUCAGGUGAGCAGUGCUCCAGGUGAAACUAGCCAGAAGUCUUGAAUCUGGACAAUAGAAUUAAAUCCAUUUAGUUCUAGGCAAGCUCUCACAAGGAUUUAAUUAGAAAUGACUGAAAACAGACCAUAAUUAUAACUACUUAAAACAUUAUGGAUUACCACCAGUAUCUUUUUUUAAAACCUUCCCCAUCUAGAAAUCCUAGGAGAUCAGUGGAAGCUAAAUUUCAUGACCUGAGAAGCUUAAACUGAUUUACAUUAUUUGCCAAAUCAGCUGCAGCUGGGGGCUGAAAGGGGGGUAGAAGUGGAGCACAGAAAGGGGCUCCUGGAACCCAUUAGCAAUUGUUGACAGCAAUUAAAUUCUUAGGGAGGCUGACUGUAUUUGUGACUUUAGGUGGCACUCUCUGCUAGAGAAUUUCUGAAUUCUCUGUUGUACUUCACAAAUUAAUAAAGAUUUGUAUAU